AUGUCAGGUGGAGUACAGCAGAGGCCCACGAAGGUACCUACACACACCACGAAGAGCGGUGUCACUUUCGCUAAGUAUGCUGGCGAUAGCACAGUGAUUGGUGUGCCACAUAGCCAGCGCAGCGGAACUGCGGUGUUCAUCCCUGAGGGCAUGUCGUACGAGGCG